GCCAUGAAUUUCUAACAAGAUUGCAUCCUUUACAAAUUGCUAGUGUAGUAUUUGUUCCGGGAAGCUGAUUUCACAAUAGAAAUUUUAUAUUCAUCUCAGUUCACAUUUACAACGUUUUGUACAACUAUCGACAAGAUUUCUUAAGCUUAAAUUAAUAUUAGAUUCCACACUUUCAUGAUGGCGAACUGGUCAGCAAUGGGUUCCAUAAUCCUGCCCAACGUUGGUGGAUGGGCUAACGGUUUAUACUUUGCCGGUCAAAUCCGCAAGGGUGAAGACAAAGCUUGGUACGAUGAGCUGAAGAAACCAUCGUGGAACCCCCCCAAGUGGGUGUUUGGACCUGCAUGGACGGUUUUGUACAGCAGCAUGGGUUACGCUUCGUAUUUAGUUUAUGAAGAAGUUGGAGGAUUCCAAGAUGAAGCAGUUUUGCCCCUGACUCUGUACGGAGGUCAGUUGCUGCUCAACUGGGCGUGGACACCCAUCUUCUUUGGCUUGAAGGACUUCAAAUUGGCCUUCAUCGAGAUCUCAGUACUCUCCGGAGCGGCCCUCGCGACCACACUUUCCUUCUUCCCCGUGAACCGCACGGCCGGGCUUCUCAUGCUGCCGUACCUCGCGUGGCUGGGGUACGCCAGCUCGCUGUCUUACUACAUCUGGAAGAACAACCCCAAGGUUGAGGUCCGGGAAAUCAAGGAUGAGAAGAGUCAGUGAAGAUAACAAUCACCAAUAAAAAGCGCUUAUAACUUAACUAUUUUCUUAAGUCAACGAUCAAGAACGUGUUCUUAGUUUUAGACGCAUAUUUCACGCGACAAGUGCAAUUUCUAUCAAUUUAUUUUAAGUAAUAAUAAUAAUAACUAGGUGAUAGCUUGCUAUUGGUAAGGUUUUGGACUGUUAAGACAGUAAAUUGGGUCAAAAUAACAUAAAGAGCAUAUGAAGCCCCUGAAUUGUGGCCUAACCAUAUAGGACCGUUUAAACUGACGGGUUGUAAUGCGGCCUAGGUGGUUAUAAUGCGGCCUAGGUGGUUAUAAUGCGGCUUAGGUGGUUAUAAUGCAGCCUAGCUGGUUACAAUAAGGCCUGGCUGGGUCUAGUCAACAUUUAUAACGGCCCAUUCAAACAUUUUCCAACACUCGUAAUCAAAUUGCAUUUAUAUCGCACAAAUUAACUAACAACUGUUAUUUAUUUGGCCCUAAUUCACUGUCUUAUAGCUAAAAUGAAAUGUUGUUCAUCACAAUAAAUACAGCACAACUUUGUGAACAAAAUCGUUGUCUAAAUAUCGUCAGUAUUUAAGCCGCAUUUAAUGUCAAUAUUCAACAAUGUCUUAGAAAUGGUAUGUAUUGCUUCUAACCCUUUGAUGUUGUGAAAACUUAUAUAUUUUAUGUAAAACACCAUGGGCCAUAUGUCCCGGCUGUCAUUGAACAUCUUUGGCAGUCGUUACGGGUAGUCAGAAGCCAGUAAGUCUGACACCAGUCUAACCAAGGGGUAUUGGGUUGCCCGGGUAACUUGGUUGAGGAGGUCAGACAGGCAGUCGCUUCUUGUAAAGCACUGGUACCCAGCUGUAUCCGGUUAGACUGGAAGCCGACCCCGACAUAGUUGGGAAAAAGGCUCGGAGGACCAUGAGCCAUAUGCCACGAUGCUAAAGACACAAAGCUUCCUUAUGUCGACAGACUAAAAGUACAGUACAGUACCUCGACCUACCUCAAGCUGUCAAAUUUCUUCAAUAGAUAUUCAACCUUAUCACAAUAGUGGAAGGUUAUAUUUCGAUUGGUAAAAUUUGACAGUUUGGGGUAGGUUUCUACAUUUGAUGUUUCACAUUUAUCAGGCGUCGUAUUACACCUAAGGAUGUAUAAUAUCAAAUAUUGUAGAUCAGUAUUGUUCAAUAACCAGAAGUACAUUUAUUUAAAGCAUUUUAAGGUCUAAUAGAAAUACUAUUUAUUUUGUGGGUCACCUACGAAAAGCAUUUUUUUUUUAUUUUUUCCAGUGAAAAAUCAAUUAAUUAUUACGUUUUUUGGUCAUUGGUCAUAAAUAAAGCAAUUUAAUGUUCGUGAUUAUAAGAAUACCCGCAAAAUAAAUAGUAUUUCCAUUAAUGUACCGUUUAAUAUUUUUUUCAAUAACAAAGUUGUUUUUAUUUAUCCCUAAUAUGUAUAGAUUUAAGUAAAAAGUGUCCUUCGAAGCACAAUUAUAUAUUUAUAUACUUUUUAUGUAAGCAUUCCUGCCUUGCAUUUAAUUUCAUAUUUUUUUAAACCAAAUUUAAACUAGUAGAUAAUCGACAAGAUACUUGUAAACUGUUAAUUUUUGAGUAUUUAUUGUUUAGAGUUAUUUGAGUAUCAAUAAAUUACUGAAAUAACA